UAGAUUGCCUCUUGAUUUUUAGACACAGGCCCACCUAAAAGGGGAGGCUGAGGAAAGCUGAGGGUACGGCAUAUGUUUGUAAAAAAUCAAGUUUCCUUCUAAACUGUGACUCAGUAAGAAUUGGGUGUCAAGGACAUCAAAGCGUCAGAUGGCACAGAAAGAGUCAUCAAUGCUGGAUCCUGUUUUUGUUGUUUCCUCCCUAGUACAUUUUUAUACCUGAAAUUUCUGGUAGUGUGGGCACUUGUCCUCCUGGCAGAUUUUGUCCUGGAGUUCAGAUUUGAAUACCUGUGGCCAUUUUGGCUUUUCAUCAGAAGCGUCUAUGAUUCCUUCAGAUACCAGGGACUGGCCUUCUCAGUGUUUUUUGUUUGUGUAGCAUUCACGUCAAAUAUUAUAUGUCUGCUGUUCAUCCCCAUACAAUGGCUUUUUUUUGCUGCUAGCACAUAUGUAUGGGUUCAGUACGUAUGGCACACAGAAAGGGGAGUAUGUUUGCCCACAGUGUCCCUCUGGAUACUCUUUGUUUAUAUUGAAGCAGCAAUUAGAUUUAAAGAUCUCAAAAAUUUUCAUGUAGACCUUUGUCGUCCAUUUGCUGCUCACUGUAUUGGGUACCCUGUGGUGACUUUGGGCUUUGGCUUCAAAAGUUAUGUAAGCUACAAAAUGCGGUUAAGGAAGCAAAAGGAAGUACAAAAAGAGAACGAAUUUUACAUGCAGCUUCUUCAACAAGCCCUCCCCCCAGAACAACAGAUGCUACAGAAGCAAGACAAAGAGUCUGAGGAAGCAGCCAAAGGAUUACCUGAUAUGGACUCCUCGAUCCUUAUACACCACAACGGAGGGAUCCCAGCCAACAAAAAACUCUCUACAACUUUGCCAGAGAUAGAAUACCGAGAAAAAGGGAAAGAAAAGGACAAAGAUGCCAAAAAACACAACCUUGGAAUAAAUAACAACAAUAUUCUACAACCUGUAGACUCUAAAAUACAAGAAAUUGAAUAUAUGGAAAACCAUAUCAAUAGUAAAAGAUUAAAUAAUGAUCUUGUGGGAAGUACAGAAAACCUCUUGAAAGAGGACUCAUGCACUGCUUCCUCAAAAAAUUACAAAAAUGCCAGUGGAGUUGUGAACUCCUCACCUCGAAGUCACAGCGCCACAAAUGGGAGCAUUCCUUCUUCAUCUAGUAAAAAUGAGAAGAAGCAGAAAUGCAGUAGCAAGAGCCCAAGUACACACAAAGACUUAAUGGAAAACUGUAUUCCUAAUAACCAGCUAAGCAAACCAGAUGCACUGGUAAGGCUGGAACAAGACAUUAAAAAGUUAAAGGCUGACCUACAGGCCAGCAGGCAAGUGGAACAAGAGCUCCGCAGUCAGAUCAGCUCCCUCUCGAGCACCGAGCGAGGGAUCCGCUCAGAAAUGGGCCAGCUCCGGCAGGAGAAUGAGCUGCUGCAGAACAAGUUACAUAAUGCUGUACAAGUGAAGCAGAAAGACAAGCAGAAUAUCAACCAGUUGGAGAAAAAGCUAAAAGCUGAGCAGGAAGCCCGGAGCUUUGUAGAAAAGCAGUUAAUGGAGGAGAAAAAAAGGAAGAAAUUAGAAGAAGCUACUGCUGCCCGGGCUGUUGCAUUUGCUGCUGCGUCUAGGGGAGAGUGCACCGAAACCUUACGGAAUCGGAUCAGAGAAUUAGAGGCAGAGGGCAAGAAGCUCACAAUGGACAUGAAGGUGAAAGAAGACCAGAUCAGAGAACUAGAACUGAAAGUUCAGGAGCUUCGGAAGUAUAAGGAAAAUGAGAAGGACACUGAGGUGUUAAUGUCAGCUCUCUCAGCCAUGCAAGAUAAAACACAGCACCUGGAGAACAGCCUGAGCGCAGAAACGAGAAUCAAGCUGGACCUGUUCUCUGCACUUGGGGACGCAAAGCGACAGCUUGAGAUUGCCCAAGGACAAAUUCUUCAGAAAGACCAGGAAAUCAAGGACCUAAAACAGAAGAUAGCCGAAGUCAUGGCCGUCAUGCCCAGCAUAACGUACAGUGCCGCCACCAGCCCCCUGAGCCCCGUUUCCCCUCACUACUCUUCCAAAUUUGUGGAGACCAGCCCCUCUGGACUCGAUCCCAAUGCCUCUGUUUACCAGCCUAUGAAGAAGUAAAGACCAGCUGUGUGUUUUGCCCAACAAUUUGGUUACCAGAAGACAUCGCAAAGGAGCGUCUCUGGCAGUCAAGAUAACAAAAAGUUUAUAUUGUAUUUUGUGGGACUGUAUAUGUUGUCGUUUUUAAAAAGGGGGGUAAAGAUAACAUCCAAGUCUGAUUAGAACUGCCCAUCAGUUUUUCUUGUAAAUUUUUAGAAGACCUCACAGAACUUUGCAGUUUAUUUUUCUCGGCCAAUACAUUAAAACCAUUCUUGGAUUUCAAAUAGCCAAUUUUGCCUUUUAUGUAUUCUUACAGUUUCCUCUUGAAGAAAAAAAAAACAAAAAAUGGGGUUUUUGCUUCUCAACCCUCUAAUUUUGUUUUGUUUUGUCCUUAAAUAAGCAAAACCUGCACAUUGGAUCCACAUGGGGUGAUAAUGAAAACCUUUUGUUUUUAGAGUGAAAGUUAAAUAACCUUACACAGCUUUGAUUGUAUAGCUGAAUUCAAGAAGGUGAUUCUUGAUAUUACAGAAAACAAAAACCAAUUACCCCUCUAAGGACCAAACAAAUUCAAGGAGUGUCAUUUAAGCUGAGGGGAAAGACUCAGGUGAGGAGACCAGCUGUGGGACAGUAACAGGAGUUGUGUUUGAAAUGUUUCUAUUCCCAUCAGUGUGUUUAGUCCUAGGAAAUUGCUAGCAGCAGUUUUGUUCACAGUGCCUUGGGAAAAGACAUUUCAAGAGGAAACUCAAUGGUUGUAGACUUUCCCCCUCUUUGUCAUCAUCUGUCUUCUGUCUGUAUCAAGCUCAAUGCAGAUCCUGCUGUACAGCUGGUGGGUAGCUGGGCUGCUCGUUACCAUGGCCGCCACUUCUGUUUCCUUUCUAGAAAGCAGCACAGCUCUGGACUUGUCUCGAGGCCAGCACCGUGGUAAGGGGAGCUGGGCCUGGUUUGUGUACGAGAGACUGCAAUGAUGGCGAAUAACAGCUGCAGUUCUA